AUGGCGCAAACAGCACCGCCACUCGACCAAGUGAUGGAUAGCUGGAAUCCUGCCCUGCGACCAGAGGAUCAAAGUCAUGCGACUGUGACGACUUCAUCUGAUGGUGAGCUGGCGGAUCCCUUAGCCGGAGGUAACGCCAAAGAACAUCCUGCGCCCAAUGUGAAGUCGCCUUUGAGUGACGACGAUUUUUCCGCUUGGGAUAUGCCUCACGAGACAGGGCCUAUUCAGUCUAUUGAUACAACUGUGGAAGCUUCAGCGUUAGAUGCGCCACCGACUCAGGGUGCGGUUGGUACUGAUAAUGUACCGGACGUGACUGCUAUCACAGACGCGGGUCUUGACGAGAAACCGGCUGAUCCCGAGAUUGCGGAGGCUCCUCAAGAUCCGUUCUCACAGGGUGCUGAGCCGGCGCAACCGCCGGGUCCUCCGGUCGAUGCAACUCUCAUUACCGAUGUCCAAGGAGUCGUGCCAGCAGCAACGUCAGACGACUCCGAGAACACACAGCAAGCGGCAGCCGAACAAACUGCGACUUCCGAACAAGUUUCCGAGUCUAGCGAACCUCAGCCGUCCGAGACGGUCGAGUCUGUCGAACCCGUCGAGCCCGUCGAAAUAACUCCGCCGUCCACUGAAGCCCCAGCCGUGUCGGAACGCGCAUCGAAUGAACAUGAAGCUGCGGUACCGGAUCCCGUCACGCCUGCAGCUCCUUAUGCAGAUAUCAGCACUGCUGAGCCCGUUGUAGCCUCCGAGGUUACAUUUGAAGCACCUGGCGAGCCCGAGUUUACUUUGAACAAUGCUGAAGGUGCGCAAGGAAAGACGGAAGGAGUACAGUCCUCUGGAGCUCCGUUUUUCACCAAUGAAUCCCAAGAUGACCCGUCCGCGUCAUUCUUCGAUGAUAUUCAAGGCCUUCAAAACCAGACGGAUCAAACGCCUGGUCCAUGGGAUGCCUUGGAUGAUAAGGAUGGUGGAGCACAGCCGGUUUCCGACGUACCUGUACAGCCAACUGAAAAUACGCAACCGGGACCGCAAACCGCCACGGAUGAAUCAAAAGCGGUCGAUUCUGAGGAUGCAUGGGAUAAAAACGUUGAUGUCGACGUCGAUUCUGAUGGAGACGAUUUCUUCAACCAACUCAAGACCCAAACAAAGCCCAUUUUUGGCCCUCCGGAGACCGAGUCAAGGUUUGAAGAGGGUGUUCCCUUACUGGAUGAGGCUACAACUCCUACUUCCCCUGAACGACCAAAGUCUCAGGAAGCUGCCGUUGCCGACCCUUUUGGCAAUGAUGAGGAUGAUGCAGAAGGAUUCUUUAGCUCUGUUCAAGAUACGGAGGCUAGCAACGAGCCCGCUUCUCUUCAUAUUAUGCGCAAGAGCACCUCCCAAGUAAUGGAAUCUGUGGGAUUCCACAUUGAUUCUCCCGCGAGUGAUAUUUCUGCGGCUGCCCAACUUGACAGUGUGCUGAAUGCCGCAUCUUCUGAUGCCCUUGCGUCUCAAGGCCAACCAGAGGCUACAGAGCCUUCGGAAGAAGAACUCGCUGCCAGAUGGGAAGCCGAGCUGAGCGACAUUGGCGAAGAUGACAUGGCGGCGCGCUGGGAGGCAGCUUUGAGUGAUGAUGACGGCGAUAUGCUACUGGAAGAGGAUGUUCAAGCACCCACUGCCGGACAACAGGUUGUCCCACAGGCUGGAGUUCCCCCUGCGGCCAACGCUGGUCCUACCGGCUUGAACAGUCCGUUUGAGACUCUUCAAAGUCAAGCUCGACCCCGUCCCAUCCCCGGUGUUUAUACCCCACACCAACCAACAACUGCGGAUCUGGUUGGCGGACUUCCUCUGCCAGGGGCUCCUCCACAGGCCAACCAGGCUAUGCAAUCAUACUUCUCCCAGCAACCGUCGAAUCCGGUUGCGAACCGGGGAGAGAGCUUUACCGAGAAAUCGAAGCAGGGUUAUAAAUCGCCGUAUGACCUUCCUGAGGACUUGUCCCGUCCUCGACGCCCGGUAGCUACUCACAAGCCCGUGCCUCCGAGAGUCGAGAAUAUGCCGCCUCCUCCGAGUCAAAGUGUGCAGCAACCUGUUGGUCCUCCGCCAAUGUCAGCUGCAGCACCAACUGUAGCUCCUCCAUCUGCCGCGCCAGUGGCUCCGGCCCCGGCACCAAAGAACUUCUUCGAAGAGCUUCCUCCGCCGCCCCCCAAGUCUCGUCCUGCCAGCUCGGGGCGUUAUACCCCGGGGCCUGCAGCAGCAGCACCACCACCGGCUGGAUUGUCGCCCGCUCCGGCGCCACCUCCAAAUUCGUAUGCAGCUCCGCCUCCUGCAGCACCGACGAAUGUAGCUCCAGUCCAGUCCUCGCUUCAACCUCCGGAACUUUUGGGCCCUUACGCUUCUUCGUUGGCUUCAAGUGCACCUGCUGGGCCCCCUGCUGCUUCCAGAUAUUCUCCGAAACCACCAGGCUCGAGCGGAUCGGCAAAACCACCUUCAAGAUACUCACCAGCACCGCCUGCUGCUGCCGCAGCUGCUGGCCGCAACCGCUACGCAUCCCAACCAUUGUCCGUGCCGGGCCAACAGACGUCAUUGCCAUUCCAGCCACGUACAUCGAGCCCUUUGGCAUACCAUGAGAAGGUGUCAUACCAGCCCGAGGAAAGCCAGCAACAGAUGCCAGCGCCAUCACUCCAACCAUCUGUUAACUUUUCACCUCCUCGUCAGAGACCAAGCAUUGAUCAAGGGUCACCAUAUGCCCCGCAGCCGCCGAGCGGACCAGUAAGUGCGUUGACACCUGAUGCUGCUAGCCCACCGGCCGUUCCACAGCAAGGUCCGCCGUACGCACCUCCGGAGUACAUCAACGAGUUUGCCAAGCGUGUCGCACCAAGCCCUACUCAUGCUGCCCCGCCGCCUGGUUCUACGUAUACUCAAAUGGGCCCCCCUCCAGUCCCAAGUAUGGCUGGGCCAAUCUCUCCCCAGGCUGCCGAUCCACAAUUCGCCACCCCUCGCAGGUCCCAGACGCAGUCUCCUGGUCAGCAGGUAACUAGCCCUCGCUAUGUGCCAUCUAUUGAGCCUCCCCUUCCUCGUCCUGCUUCUGUUCACGGCUCUGGGUCGCCAACCAAAACUUCAAAUCCUUAUGCGCCCACGCAGCCUUCAGUAUCUACUCGUGCCCGUGCUCUUUCUCAGCGUUUGGAUUUCAUUGCGCCCGUUGAUGGCCAAGAACAAGACAGCCUCGAGAGAUGGAAGGGCGCGCCAAUUUUCAAAUUCGGAUUUGGUGGAGCAGUGGUUUCUUGCUUUCCUAAGCAUAUCCCGCGCUAUUCUGUCGGCCAAACGGCUCCGAUGAUCAAGCCAACCCUUGGCGACCCCAAGUUCUCGCAACUCACUGAGUGGCUACCGCCUGCUGAUACUAUUGUUCAACACCCUGGGCCUCUGAAGACCAAGUCGAAGAAGAAGGAUGUGAUUGCGUGGCUUUCAAGCAAGAUUGCGGCCUUUGAGAACGAGACGUCCCCCGAUUUUGACUACUCGAACCCAGACUCGCAGAAGCGCCACGAGGAGAAGAUUUUGCUCUGGAAGAUCACCAAAAUUUUGGUCGAAAACGACGGCGUUUUGGAAGGAUCACCUGCUAUUCAGCAGUCCCUUCGCCAGGCUAUCUUCCCUAACUUGCCUGCGGCUGGUUCUGACGGCUCGUAUGGUGGUACCUUUGCGACAUCAGGCAGCCUCAUGCCUUUGGGACAACCCCCACAGGGAGAUGCUGCUGAUCCUCGUUACAUGGAGGAGUUGCGCAAUGAUUUGCUCAUGGGCGAGCGGGAGAAGGCUGUUUGGAGUGCAGUCGACCGUCGUCUGUGGGGUCACGCCUUGAUCGUUUCAUCCACCAUGGACAAGUCAGUUUGGAAGCAGGUCGUUCAAGAAUUCAUCCGUCGCGAAGUCAAAUCGACAACCGCCAACGCCGAGUCGCUUGCAGCGCUUUACGAGAUAUUUGCUGGUAAUGUCGAUGAGAGUAUUGAUGAGCUCGUUCCCCCAUCUGCACGGGCUGGCCACCAUUUGAUCAGCAAGGUGGAUGGUCAGGGAUCAGCAAAAAAUGCCCUCGAUGGCCUAGACAGCUGGAGAGAUACUCUUGGAUUGGUGCUCAGCAACCGAAGCUCCGAGGAUCAUCAGGCAUUGCUCGCCCUUGGACGCUUGCUGGCAUCAUAUGGCCGCAUUGAGGCUGCCCAUAUCUGCUUCAUGUUCUCCCGUGGCGCUGUCUUCGGAGGUGCUGACGAUCCCCAAGCCAAUAUUGUGCUCCUGGGAGCAGAUCACCACCGCUUCCUUUGCACUCUUCUCGAUGAAGAUGCCAUUCUCCUGACUGAGGUUUACGAGUUCGCCACAUCUGUUCUUGCAAACUCGCCUGUGGCCAACUUAUCUUACCUGCUGGCCUUCAAGCUGCUGCAUGCUAAGCACCUUGCCGAUCGUGGUCGUAAGACCGAGGCACAGAACUACUGUGAUAGUGUGGCAGCAUCUCUGAAAGCCACCACACGGCCCUCGCCAUAUCACCACCAGUACUUGUUCAUCGAGGUGGACGAACUCUCUGCACGUCUCCGUCAAACUACCACUGAUGGUGGCUCGUCCUGGAUUUCUAAACCGAGCAUGGAAAAGGUUUCUGGAUCGAUGUGGGCUCGCUUCAACAGCUUUGUUGCUGGCGAUGAAAGUGACGCCGCAUCAACAGGAUCCGGCAAGGCAGGCGAGACUGCAGACGUAGGUCCUUUCGCCAAUGUCGCUGGAACCCCGACUGUCAGCCGAUCUCCGUCUGUGUCAGACUUAUAUGGAUCUUACCCUGGCGCAGGAGCCCAGCCAGUCCCUGCUGGUAGUGCAUCCCGGUACAUGCCGACUGCAAACCAGUACGCGCCAAAUGCCUCUCCAGAGCAGUUCCGUGGGAGAUCCUCAAUGGACUCGCAGCGGUCCACUUCAUUUGGAGGAGGUCUUUCUUAUGGCCAACGUCGCAGCUCGCAAGAUCAGCCAUCUUCCCCGGCAGAUACUCAGUCAUUCCAGGGAGUACCGAUGUAUGGUUCUCCAGGGUCUACUGGAUACCAGCCCACCCCUUCUCAAUCGUCUUACGUGCCACUUGCACCGGUUGAGGAGACCUCGGCUACCCAGUCACCAGCGGAUGUCGCCCCGCCUGCUCAAUCCGCAUUGAACGGUCUCUUCUACCAGCCUCCCGGACAGGACGCUUCGACAGCUGGACAGUCGCCUUACUACCAAGGCCCGCCUGGCAUGCCGCAGGCAGAGAGCAAUGGAUACAUGCCCCCUGCUUCCAGUGCCAAUUCCUAUGAGCCGCCUUCCUAUGCUCCAGCCAUCAACACUGAGCCUCAAGAAGUCGAGGAACCUACCGAAGAGCCGUCGUUGAAGCCUAAGAAAUCCUUCAUGGAUGACGAAGGCGAUGACGACCUUGCUGCCAAAGCUGCGGCUCUCCAGAAAGCCGAGAACGACCGUAAGGCGGACGAAGCGUUCAGGAAGGCUGCCGAGGAAGAUGCCAAGAAGGACGCCAAGCAACAACCAAAGAAGGGCUGGUUUGGAGGAUGGUUUGGAGGUGGCAAGAAGGAGGCCGACAACCACUCAGGUGGCGGUCCCAUCAAAGCCAAGCUGGGAGAAGAGAACUCGUUCUACUAUGAUAAGGAGCUCAAGAAGUGGGUCAACAAGAAAGACCCCGGCAGUGCCGAACCUGUUCGCGCCACGCCGCCUCCUCCGCGAGGCUCUGCGCCUCCCAGUCGGACAGCUAGCAACAGCAGCAUGCCUCCGCCCCCUGUACCUCCUAUGCCCGUAGGCUCGGGAAGCCGACCCCCGUCCUCAUCUAGCGACAUGCCGCCUUCGCUCUCGUCGAGUCCUGCCUUCUCCGGACUCGGUGUGCCUCCGCCAAUGGGUAGCAGCUUGCCUCGAUCUGUCUCUACCGGUGCGGCGGUGCCCACACCACCUGGCAGCUCAUCUGGCCCACCUCCACCUCGGCCUUCGUCAUCUUUGACUCAUGCCAACUCGAUCGAUGACCUUCUCGGAGCCCCCACCGCACGCAAAGGCAACACUGUGCGCGGCAAGAAGAAGGGUCGUUACGUUGACGUGAUGGCCAAGUAG